CAGUCCACUUCCUCUUGUGCUCUUGCUGAUUUCAAACAUCCAUUCUGGACACACUGAAGGAUUGAAACCAAAACCUGAACUCACAUCAAAUCCUGAAGGAGCUGCACUGACAGGAAACACAGUGACUCUGACCUGUCACAUGGAUCAGUCGACUGGAUGGCAGUUUUACUGGUACCAACACACACAGAAACAUCAGAAAAACACAACAGACACAAACUCCUACACAGUGAACAUUGAUUCAGUGUCUGAUGGAGGUCAGUACUGGUGUAGAGCUGGAAGAGGAAAUCCAGUUUACUACACACACUACAGUGAUGCACUGUGGGUAAAUGUUACAGAUGAUCCUAAAGCUGUUUUGACUGUAAAGCCUGAAGAUAAUCUGUUCAGAGGAGAAACUGUCACUCUCAGAUGUGACAUACAGGGUGGAGGAGACACUGAGUGGACAUACAGCUGGACUCUAGAGAAUAAAAACUACUGGAAUAAAAACACUGUCAGUCAAUACAAGAAACAAGAAUAUAAAAUCAGCUAUGUUGAACACACAUACAGUGGUAAAUACACCUGUAGAGGAACGACAAGAGACGGACAAAACUCAGAGAUCAGUGAUGCUGUUACACUGACUGUGUCAGAUGAAGCUCAAGCAGUGUUAAGAGUUUCUCCACAGAAGUGGCUGACUGAAGGAGAUUCAGUGACUCUGAUCUGUGAGGUUAACGGCUCCUCUACAGGAUGGACUUUCAGCUGGUACAGAGAUGAUAAUGACUGCAAAUAUAAAGUCCUGUCAGACAGCAGCAGAGGAGCUGGAGGAAACUACACUCUCAGUUCUGCUGCUGUAAAUCACACAGGAGUUUAUAAGUGCAGAGGAGAGAGAGGAGAACCAGCGUAUUACACAGAGUACAGCAACACACAGACACUAUCGGUCACUGGUGUCUCUCCUUCAGUCUCUCUGAUCAUCAGUCCCAACAGAACUCAACACUUCACAUUUGAAUCUCUCUCUCUGAGCUGUGAGGAUCAGAGUAACUCUACUGGAUGGACAGUGAGAAGAUACACAGACAGUGGAUAUCUGCAAGAUUGUUCAUCAUCAUCAUACUGGGGAUCACAAACAGGAUCUACAUGUAGAAUCAGUCGCAUCUACACAUCUCACACUGGAGUGUACUGGUGUCACUCUGAAUCUGGAGAGAUCAGUAAUCCUGUUAAUAUCACAGUACACUAUGGUGAUGUGAUUCUGGAGAGUCCUGUUCAUCCUGUGACUGAAGGACAUUCUCUGACUCUACGCUGUUUAUAUCGAUAUAAAAACCCAUCAGUCCUCACAGCUGAUUUCUAUAAAGAUGGAUCCCUCCUCCAGAAUCAGACUACAGGAGAGAUGAUCAUCCCUACUGUCUCAAAGUCACAUGAGGGUUUCUACUACUGUGAACACACAGAGAGAGGAGAGUCACCCAAGAGCUGGAUCUCAAUCAGAGUCUCAAGAUCUGUGUCUCCUGGAUUGAUAACUGGAGUGACUGUCGGACUGAGUGUCAUGCUUUUGAUUAUUCUCUUACUGGUCCUGCUGUGGUGCUACAAAAACAAAAAAGGUGGAGGAACUCUGUCUCCCUCUUCUGUCUAUCAACAGCAGAAUAUCAGUCAGACAUCAGAGCAGAACCAGAAUGAAACUGGAUAUACAACACCACUGCAGUGUGAUUCAAUAACAGGGCCUACUGACCUAACCUAUGCUGAGAUUGAACUGAAAUCUAAGAAAGAAGUCAAGAAAAAGAAAGGAAACAAAGGGAAUACCAGUGAUGCUACACCAAGUGCAGACACUGUGUACUCUAAACUGAACAUGGGAACGGAUCAAAAGGAUCAAGGUGCUGCUUGUGGAUCAAGUGAUGUGAUUUAUGCUCAGAUUCAAUAAAAGACCAAAGAAGAAACUUACAACAACAGACACACAAAUAAAUGAAAGCUUGCCAUGUUUAUGCUGAUGAUAUUAUCUGCAUCUUCCAUAUACAAGAACUUUACAAAAAUCA